ACAGACGUGGCUGCGCUCACCCCCAAGCCCUGGCCCCGGGAGCCUCCAGGCAGAGAGGCUCCCGCCCGCCCUGAGCCGCGGCCUCCGCAUGGAGUGUCCGCUCCCACCACGGCCAGGGUCGGGGUCGGGACCGCUCCCGCCGCCGCUGCAGGGAGGCGGGGCCGCCGCUGUUCCGGAGCCUGGAGCCCGGCAACACCCGGGACACGAGACGGCGGCGCAGCGGUACAGCGCCCGCCUGCUGCAGGCCGGCUACGAGCCUGAGAGCAGCAUGGCGGACUACCUGAUUAGCGGCGGCACCGGCUACGUGCCUGAGGAUGGGCUUACCGCGCAGCAGCUCUUCGCCAACGCCGACGGCCUCACUUAUAACGACUUCCUGAUCCUCCCAGGAUUCAUAGACUUCAUAGCUGAUGAGGUGGACCUGACUUCAGCCCUGACUCGGAAGAUAACUCUGAAGACACCGCUGAUCUCCUCCCCCAUGGACACUGUGACAGAGGCUGACAUGGCCAUCGCGAUGGCUCUGAUGGGAGGUAUUGGUUUCAUUCACCACAACUGCACCCCAGAGUUCCAGGCCAAUGAGGUGCGGAAGGUCAAGAAGUUUGAACAGGGCUUCAUCACGGACCCCGUGGUGCUGAGUCCCUCGCACACCGUGGGUGACGUGCUAGAGGCCAAGAUCCGGCACGGCUUUUCCGGCAUCCCCAUCACUGAGACGGGCACCAUGGGCAGCAAGCUGAUGGGCAUUGUCACCUCCCGAGACAUCGACUUCCUUGCAGAGAAGGACCACACCACCCUCCUCAGCGAGGUGAUGACACUGCGGAACGAGCUGGUGGUGGCUCCGGCGGGCGUGACAUUGAAAGAGGCAAAUGAGAUCCUGCAGCGCAGCAAGAAAGGGAAGUUGCCUAUUGUCAACGACCGUGACGAGCUGGUGGCCAUCAUCGCCCGCACUGACCUGAAGAAGAACCGGGACUACCCCCUGGCCUCCAAGGAUUCCCACAAGCAGCUGCUAUGCGGGGCGGCCAUCGGCACCCGUGAGGAUGACAAAUACCGUCUGGACCUGCUCACCCAGGCGGGUGCCGACGUCAUCGUGCUGGACUCCUCCCAGGGGAAUUCGGUGUAUCAGAUUGCCAUGGUGCAUUACAUCAAGCAAAAGUACCCCCACCUCCAGGUGAUUGGUGGGAAUGUGGUGACAGCAGCUCAAGCCAAGAACCUGAUCGAUGCUGGGGUGGAUGGGCUGCGAGUGGGGAUGGGCUGCGGCUCCAUCUGCAUCACCCAAGAAGUGAUGGCCUGCGGUCGGCCCCAGGGCACUGCUGUGUACAAGGUGGCCGAGUACGCCCGGCGCUUUGGUGUGCCUGUCAUAGCCGAUGGCGGCAUCCAGACCGUGGGCCACGUGGUCAAGGCCCUGGCCCUCGGCGCCUCCACAGUCAUGAUGGGCUCCCUGCUUGCUGCCACCACGGAGGCCCCCGGCGAGUACUUCUUCUCCGAUGGGGUGCGGCUUAAGAAAUACCGGGGCAUGGGCUCGCUGGACGCCAUGGAGAAGAGCAGCAGCAGCCAGAAACGAUACUUCAGUGAGGGGGAUAAGGUGAAGAUUGCACAGGGCGUUUCCGGCUCCAUCCAGGACAAAGGCUCCAUUCAGAAGUUCGUGCCCUACCUCAUAGCAGGUAUCCAGCAUGGCUGCCAGGAUAUCGGUGCCCGUAGCCUGUCCAUUCUGCGGUCCAUGAUGUACUCAGGAGAGCUGAAGUUUGAGAAGCGGACCAUGUCGGCCCAGAUCGAGGGUGGCAUCCACGGCCUGCACUCUUACGAGAAGCGGCUGUACUGAAGACAGUGGUGGAGGCCGAGGAGUCGGAGGGGGCUUACCCCAGGGGCCUCCCUUGGGCAUAGCCUCCCUUCCUAACUGAGCGGUCCACAGAUUUGCACUAUGGGUUCCCCAGCUCCUUUCCUGGGAGUGAGGAGAGGAGGUCCUGCAGGGUCUGCGGCCUCUCCCCGGGCAUACCCCGCAGAGUCAGGGCCGCUCCCUGGGCCAGGCUGCCCUGGGAGUGUCCCCUGGGCUCCCCUUUCUUUAGCAACCCCUCGAGCCCAGCCACCCAGGCUCUCAGGCCUUGCGCCUGCCUCAGGUCUUUGUCGCUGCAGCCUGCUCUGGUCUGGUUCCCAUCCCUGGAGCAGCCGGCCCCUCCUGGCUUCUGUAGGGCACCUCCCCCUCCCUCCCCCAGGAAAUGGUGCUCUCCUUUCCCGGGCUGCUGCCCCCUCAGCCAAGUGGCAUUUCUGGGCUCCCAACCCAGGCCAAGGGGAGGUCUCUGCCCCCUCCCUUCAGCCCCCAGGCCACCCUUGGCCCUGAUCCUCAGACCACCCCCCUCCCCCCGUCCCUGGCCCUGGGGAGGAGGCUGCCCUGGUCAUGGCUGCCUGCCCAUCAUUCCUGAUCCGCUGCAGGUGUACCGUUCCUGCCCUCUCCUCAGCUGCAGUUGAAGGCUUUAACUUUGCACACUUUGGGGUCACAGUUGUGUGGUUGUAUAUUAAGUAACCUGAAUAAAUCAAACAGGUGUCAAUGC